CCUCACGCCAGCUCCCCCCAAGCCCCUCUCACACCAUUUUCUCCCCACUCCCCCUCGGCUCGCCCCACAGCCGGCCCUGCCCCAAGCAGCGCCUCCCAGCCCGGUUCCCGGCCCGCAGCCGGAGUUCCCCCGGCAACGCCGUGUAAACGCACCCGCCCCGCUCCGCCAGAGCGGCACGCAGCGAAGGGCUCGGGCCGUGAGGUUGGGGUUUGGAGGUGGUGCCGCCCUGCCAGGGGGCACGGCUGCCAGCUGGGGAUGCCCUGCGGCUCCUGGGCGGGUUGCUGCGCCUCUGUCACCCCUUCACACGCCAGAUAAUACCAACAACCGGAUUGUGGCCAGAUAAACAAGUGGCAUGUUUUAAAAGUAAAAAUCAGUUAGCGUUACAGAUGGGAGAGCACACUACUCUACCUUUCUUGCUGAAGAAAGAGAACAUAAGACAUGGCUUUGACUUCAGCUUUCUGCUACAGGCCACAUGCACAGAAUCCAACAUUUCAAAAUCAUUUAUGGAUUUGGGUGCCUUUCAGAUAAUACAAGCACAUGCACGACAAAGGUUAAAUAUAACAGUACGAGAAAAGAGGAACAAGAAAUCUGAGUUUCAUUUGCCACCAGUGACAUUUCAGCCUGUAAGAACAAUUCAUCUUGCUCUUCUAGAGGAAAAUUUUGUCAAUGGAAGCACCAAGAUCAGAAAUAUCUUCAAUAUUAUGAACUUUAUUCCUCAGCCUGUAAAACCAGCUAACAAAUUUUAUCAGUAUCAGUUAGACAAUCUAUUAAAAAGAGACGCUGAAAAGUCAAAGUCUUCAGGUCUGAUUGUGGCUACUAUUUAUGAUAAAUUCACUCCAACAGAAGACCUGUGCUGCUUCAGCAAGGAUAAAUAUAAGUACUCUAGUGACACCAAAGAAGAAAUUGAAAACUAUUUGAAAUGGAGGGAAGCUGAUGUAGCUACCAAUAUUGAAAAGAAUGACCAGAUGAAGCAUCAGUUUUCAGUGGCUUGUAAGGACGUAGAUAUUAUGACCCAAGUCAGUUAUUGGGAUGAUAGCUCUUCCUACUUCAGCUCAAGUUACACUGUGAUAAACUGUGGAAUAUUUACAGCUCUAUGUCCUGUGUCAAACAACACAGACACGUUAAGAGCUGGCGAGAAGGAAAAAAGAGUGGAGAAUUCCUGCACAACUGCUAUAGGAGGAGAUGUUCCAGAAAUGACAGUGGGUUAUAUACCCUGUGAAGAUGCUGAGGGCAUGAACUUCAUGCUUGGCAACCAUGAUUUAGUUUCUUCCUGUACAAAUGAAGUGAUAGAGGCCUACCAUGCCUUAGAAGGUAACUCUGGAGCUGCAGUCGUUCCCAGAGUGCAAGAUUGUUCUGGAAAACAAACAGAAAAUAAUGUUUGUCUUCUUGAUUUUGAAAAGAAAAAAGAAGCAACGCAAGAAACUACUGCAAAAGAUCAAAGUGAGCUUGUACCUGUUGCUCAUGUUAUGUUCUCUGAACAAAAACCAGCCAAGGAACCACACGUUGCUAAAUGUCCUGCCGGGAGAAGGGGUGUCAUUCGUAGCCUCCCUCCUCGUGCUAGUCAGAGCUGCAAUGUUCCUGCUCACAAAGAAAAUGACAAAGGUGAGAUAAAGAUGAAUAGAAACAAACAUUCAUCAAAAUCUAAAAUAAGUAGCAAGAUAAAGAUAACUGAAGGAGUAAUUGUUUCUGAUGAGAUUUCCACAAAAUAUAAUACACAAGAGAUGAAUGCCAAGAAUCGGAUUUUUCCAUCUUUGCGUCUGCCAUGCAUGGAACCUGAGACUUCCCUAAAAUGUCAGAAAAAAAUACCUCAAGCAAACAAAUACCAUUUUCCUCAGAGUGAUCAAAAACUUAAAAAGCAAAGUUUCUCCCGUUGCCAAAAUCCAGUUAUUUUAAAGAAACCUGUUACUCCUCUUUCUCUACCAUGUGCACAGUCUGCUUCAGAUUUUGUACAUCUGAAAUACAGUGACAUGUUCAAGAAAAUAAAUUCAAAUGACAAUGGUCCAGGUAUUUACGAAAUGUUUGCAACUCCAGUCUAUUCCCACAUGCGUGAGCUUGAUCAACACAAGAACAGUUUUUACAGAGAUGUUUGUUCUGCUCCACCUGGGAGAUGCGCUGCUAGCACCUGCAGAUCUACCUGCAAUAAAAGGAGAGAGGGCAGCCAAGUAAGAAACACUCAAAAGAGAACGUAUUCUAAGCCAAAGAAGACCGUAUCUGGUACCAAAAAAAAGCAGAAAAGCUUAAUUCCAAAGGACAAAAGUAUCAAAUUGAGUGAUUGCAGCACAGAGCAAGAUAAUGUAAAAACUUCUGGUCCAGAUUGUCAAAUACAGACUCCAAGGAGCAUGUCGCUGGUUUGUGGAGACUUAGAUGAUCAGCUUAUAUUUUUAGAAGAGCUUUCACAAUCAACCAGACAAAAUAAAAAAAAUUCAAGUUCAAAGUUAUCUCCUAUUACAGAAGUCUCUUUGGAGAAUUCUUUAGACAGUCAGGAUCUAUCCAACCAUCAGAUAGCUUCUACCUGUAGCCAGAAUCUUCUUCAGUUCAGUAAUAAAGACUACACAGAAUGUGCUGCUGAGCGCAGCAGUUCAUUUACUGACCAGAACAAUUGUGUACCCCAGUGCAGGGUGGAUAAGGACGGCUGCACAGGCCUAGGAUCAGACCAGACCUCCUUCAGGACUAUAAACCCACAUGAAUCAUUGCACUUUUCAGACAGUCUGCAGUGUCAAUCCCUUGCAAAAAAAUUAAGUCAGAGUUGGGCAUACACACCUCAGGGCAGCAGUCUGGCAAAUGAAUUGACUCAGCCUUCAGUGAUUCAGGCAACAAAUGUUACAAGUCCCAGUUUCCAGACAAGUCAAAACAUUUUGUCCUGGGCAGGUACAAAGGACAUGACUGACGAGUUGCUUUGUUGUCUGGCUGCAGAAUUGCGAGUGCUUGAAGAAAAAGACAUCAACUCUGCAAGAACAAAAAUUGCAGAUUCUAAAAUGCAGAAUGCCCAUACGAAAGAAGGAAAUACGAUGAAUGGAGAUGGAGAAAUAGUAAAUAGUGCUCUAGUGAAGCAGAGUUACAGUAGAGCCUUUUGGGGAUCAAAUGAAGAAAGAGACCUGCUAAACUUUGAGGAAUCCACUGAAGUGCACGGAAGCAUUUUAACUAACAAGGAUACUAUCAUGUGGACGAGGGGUGAAGUUCUUGGAAAGGGAGCCUAUGGCACAGUAUACUGCGGUCUGACAAGCCAGGGACAAUUAAUAGCAGUAAAACAGGUUGUUCUGGAUGCAUCAGAUCAACUCACUACAGAAAAGGAGUACCAGAAGUUGCAUGAGGAAGUCGAUCUUUUGAAGACACUGAAACAUGUCAAUAUUGUAACUUACUUAGGAACUUGUCUGGAAGAUAACAUUUUAAGCAUUUUCAUGGAGUUCGUUCCUGGUGGCUCAAUUUCUAGUAUUAUUCAUCGGUUUGGUCCAUUGACAGAAAUUGUCUUUUGUAAAUACACGAAACAAAUUCUAGAGGGGGUUGCAUACUUGCACAGCAAUGGUGUGGUGCACAGAGAUAUCAAGGGCAAUAACGUUAUGCUCAUGCCAAGCGGUGUAGUAAAGCUGAUCGACUUUGGCUGUGCCCGGCGCUUAGCCUGGGCCAGCCUCAGCGGCACACACAGCGAGAUGCUCAAGUCCGUGCACGGGACUCCGUACUGGAUGGCACCAGAAGUUAUAAAUGAGUCUGGAUACGGAAGGAAAUCGGACAUCUGGAGCGUUGGCUGCACCGUGUUUGAGAUGGCAACAGGAAAACCACCGCUGGCUUCCAUGGACAGGAUAGCUGCCAUGUUCUAUAUCGGGGCCCACAGAGGGCUGAUGCCUUCCCUGCCUGACCGAUUCUCGGGAGCUGCAGCGGACUUUGUGCAUGCGUGCUUAACCAGAGAUCAACAUGAACGCCCUUCUGCUCUGCAGUUGCUGGACCAUCCCUUUGUGAAAGGAAGACAGUGAAUUUUUCAAAACUCCUGCCAAACCAGUUUACCUUUCACACAAAAGAAGAUUUCCUCCUGUGGAAAACAUCAGAAGGAACUGGACUUAAAAGUGACAGCCGAACUUACUAGAGGUAAAUUUGUAGACAAGAAGGCUAUUUUUAGGCGGUGAUUAACAUUUUUUGUGAUGUCUGUGCUCAUUGGAAUGGGUAUUCCUUCGCUGUGAACACAGGGCUGUACAAUUUGUUGCAUUUGAGGAGACUUAAAAAAACCACUCCACAACACUAUCACCAGUCCGUGACAAGCAAGGUAAGUUGGGAGUGCCAAUUUGUCUGUAAAAGCCUUUGGAAAACAUGGUAUCAGCAGAAAGCAUUGCAGAUUCAGAAAGCUCUACUCAGACUCACAGAUGAGUGUUUAAAUGUGCCUGUAAUCUCAGGAAAAUGCCAAACCAUGUGGUUAUGUUGGCAUAAAACAUACUGAUGCUUUUGUUUAGGUAGAUGUGCCUUUCAAUUUUAGCUGGUGGAAAGAACCACACAACUAGUCUGUACACACGUAUCAAUCCUUUUUAUCCUUUGCUGCUGAGGUUUAUCAGCUACAAGAUACUGGAGUGAUAAUGAGAAGAGAUGCCCAGUUGUACACAGAUGUAUCCUUAUGGAGCUUACAUCAAGAUAAUUUCUUAAUCUCUCUGGAAUUAUGAAUCAGAGAUUUGAGAUUGUCUUUUCUGGAGAUGGCCCUGUCUAACCCCACUGCUAAGGCAGCCCUCGGCCAUUUGGCUUUUGCAUAUUGCCAAGGGUGGAGUUGUUUUUUUUUUUACAGGUAGUUAGUGUAACUAGCUACUACCUACUAGUAACAAUGUAAUGAAACACUAUUUGAAGAAUGUUAUGAUAUAUCAAUAAUAAUAAUUAAAAAAAAAGAUUCAGCCUAGUAAUAGGCUGUCCUCUUCCUGAUGGGGCUUCCUUCUCAGUAUAUUUAAGAUUUCAGGGGAAUAGAACAUUGCAGAAACUAUUAAAAUGGGGUGAAUCUCUUGUGAGCACCUAGUUUCUAGGAAGACGUAGUAAAACUCAGCCCUAGAACUUUCAAGGGCUGAGCCCUCAAGAGUUCAAGACUCUGACUCUUGUACCAACAGCGAAUUCAAAAAUGGUUGCUUUACAAAACAAAGAAGGAAAGCAACAAACAGUUUUGGUUUAUAUAAGAUCAGCUUCCCCCAGAGUGCUUAGCAUUUUAGUUACUUAAAUAGCUUUCAAAUUUUAUCUUAUUCCAGUAGCCUGACUUCAGAGAGCAAUUUGGUCUAAACUUUAUAAAAAUGAAGAGAAAUCAGUAAGUACUUUUAGCAAAACUCUUUAUUUGUUUAGUUUCUGUAGGUAUGAUGUCACAUAACAGACAGAGCAUUAUGCCAUUAUGAGAGAAAUCCUAGCAUCAGAGUAAUCUUCCAAUCUUAAACAGUUAUCAGUCCCAUUUUGAGGAAUACCGCUUGGUCCUCAUGCCAAAAUCCAUGGCAACUUGAGUAUCUUCACAUUAAAGUACCUUGCAGAAAAAAAGGUAGGAGCCCUGGCACGUGAACUCAAGUGAGAUGUACGUAACUCCAAGGUGUAUAUUAAUUCUUCCUAGAUUAAGGGAGUGUUUCCAAAAAAAGCUGAAAAGUAAAUAUGAAUUUUUAUUUAGCAUGAAAUGAUACUGCGAUGACAGUCACAAGUGGGGAAAGAAUGGGAAUGCUCGAGGAUAUGCAAUUAAUUCGAAUUUUCAGAGCUAUGAAUCCUCCUCCUCAUGCAUGUCUUAUAACCGAAACUAAGAUCCGUUAGAGUGUGAGUUCUCUAAUGUUAGGGUUAGUAGUUAUUUGGAAUUUAAAUGUAAUGUUUAGUCCAGCUACACUAACAUUAAUUUUCAACUUUUUAAAAAAAAAGGUUUAAAGUUUUUAAGACAAGACUCUGAGGUUUUUUACUUGUUUAACCAGAUUUAGAGAAUGAGGGUAUUAUUUAAUGCCAGCACUUGCAAAAAGUUUUUCUUUCAGCUUAAGCGUACUUGAGAACAGGGGAUAUGUGCUCAUGUACCAGCCCUGUUCUCAGCACAGCUUAACCAAGAAGUAUGUUGAUGUAGGGAAUCUUGGGCAUUGCGUAGACAAGUCUAACUUUGCGUAUUUCUUACUUAAGGAGAUAUAGAUGUUUCACAUCAAAAUCCAGAUACCUGUAAUGAGGCAUCUAAGCUGAUAAGGAGAUAAUUUUUUUAAAUCUUCUUAAAUCUUUAUUUUUAAUGAAAAGUGCCUCACUGAAAAGAGACAUGCUUUACAAUUUACAGUAUUUGAGUAGGACAAACCUUAUUUAUUUUUUUGAAUUUGCUGCCUUCAUUUCUAAAAAACAGAGGCCAGAAGCAAAACAGCAGUGAAGACCCCACUGUAAAGUAUGCAGGCUACCAAGCAGCAGGUACAGCCACUUUGCUGUAAUGCUAAGUUUCCUCAACAUUUAGAGUUUAAUACAAGCAUAUGAAAGUAUGUGUCCCUUUAUCACUGUAGGGGAUACCUAGUAUAUUUUUCUUAUUGUAUACAGUAAUAUUUAAAGCUCUGAGCUCUGUUCAGGAGUUAGAUUUUGUAGGUGUGCCAGCCCAACUAUUCUGCACUGGGCUUGAAACUACAACCACCCAUGACAUAAAAAUUUGCAUCUCAAAAUACAUUUAUCGACCGUACUUCUCAAGGAAGCAGACAUCAAGCUCAGAAACCCACAGUCUUUGGAGAUUCAGGUUCAAAAUUAGCACCAACUUGCACAGCUUUCUCACAACUUCUGGCAGGAACUGCUGCCAUUAUCUACAGCCCUUUCUAAAUUCCAGUUUUUGCACGUAAUCCAAAAAGGCCAAAAGUUCUCCCCUGAGGAAGGGAUUCAAGCACUCAGAGUAGAGUAAGUUUUCUCCCCUAAGAAAGUUUACUUUGCUUUACUUUUUUUGCUUUUACUUUUACUUUACUUGCCCAAGGCAGCCUCAGGAACUGCAGUUUACAGGUAUUGCCAAGGAACACAAAACUUCUGAACUACAGUAAGAAAAAGGGUGCAGUUUUGAGUACAGGAACACCUAGGAAUCAAAACCAGGUACUUCCAGCUUUUUAGUUUAGAGAGUUGAAUUGGGUUUGCUACAUCCACCUCCGGAGAAGUCAGAGAGAGUCAUUCUCCACAGCAAUAUGAGAGAAAACUCCUGGUGUUAUUUUUUAAUUUAAAGUAUACAGAAUUAAGCAUUUCAGAGAACGAAUGAAUUAAUUAGCUAGUUCACCUUUCAAGUCUUUUAAGAUGUAUUUUUAGAAUUCAUUUCUGGAACAUGUGUUUACAUUGCAAUUAAAGAAAGCAAAGAACUUGUUUGCUAAAUUCCCCUUUAAGCAAAACUGACUGGGAACCUUUCCCCUGUGGUCUUACAGAGACAAAAAGCUGUUGUCACCACCCUCUCCCCUCCGUCCCCUCCCAUUCACUAAAAGGAAAAGCUAUCAAGUAUGGCCAGCCACUGCACGCUGAAGUUACAUGGUACAGGCUCAUAGACCCAGGCUGGAUAAGAAAACAUACAUGCAUCUCUUAAGAUGCUGUAAAGUGUCUAGGUUUUGCUUUUCUGGCACGCAAACAGAAUUUGCAGCGUGUUCCUAAGCCUGAGCACCAUAACAUGAAGGAAGCAAGGGAAACAAGUUAUACGUAGAACUUUAAAGUAAUUUACUAUUUGAUUGUUUUGAUGGAAAACAGUGUUUUUGCCAAUAAUUAACAGGGAUCUGCACAUGAAGUUGGAAAAUUAAACAGGAAAUGGGAUAAUUUCUGCACAAUAGAGGUGAGGUAGGGAAUUUUAUUGAAAAUACUUUUUUUUUUUUUUUUUUUUUUUUUACAAUUUCUUAGAAAUAAAGUUUCUUUCUAAUCUCACACAAAUGGCUGUACCUCAAAAAUUCAACUAUGCUAAUAUGAAACAUUUAUAUUUACAAUUUGCCAAAAGAAUAUACAGAACUGCUGUUUUAUGCAAAUACCGAAGUACCAGAUCACAGUGAGAUACAUUACUUCAGCACUCCCACCAUUAGGAACAGAAUUAAGUUUCAACAUACAAAAGAAUCUCACUAUUCUACAAACCUUGUAUCUCACAAAAAGGGAAUAUUUUUAAUAGUGUCAUAGCAAGGUCUGCACUAAAGCUUAAUUUUACAAAAUUACAUAAUGCAUGUACUCAAUUUACAACAAAAAACUUGUAAUCGGUGAUGAACAGAGUAAUAGUGUCAUCUGUUAGCCUUUUAUUGCAUUUAUUCAGUCAUUCACUUGGGAGGUUGAGGCUGAUCAGUGAGUGAAUUUUCACUCCUUUCAGACACCUCAGCCAGGCCCCAGUUCACACGAUUCACUAAUUGGCAGUGGGUUUCGGUCAGGGAACAUCAGUGGCAUCUCGCUGCAUGUCCUCUCCCUUCCUCUCACCCCCUACUCCCACCACACUGAAUUUAGUUCCGGACACAAAGACAAAUACAGUUUCACAUAUUUACAGUCACAUUGAAAAUCAAAACCAAUGACUUGUAUGGAUAUUCUUUACAGAGAAACCAAAAAUCAGUUCGGAUCUCAAUGUAGCAUAGCAACAUUUUGUCCACAAGGUUUCACAAUUUCCUAGAAUCAAAAUAGGAAAUAGUUAUUUUGAAACAGCACCUUAAGAUGAAGACCUAUGCUCUUUUCCAAUUUCUAUUAGACAGGCACUAGUUAUCAUCCAGACAUUUCAACUCCAACUUAUGACAGGAAUUGCUAUAUUUACAGUACAAUAUAUUGCUUAUCCAAAGUGGCUGUGUAAGAUGCAUUUAAUGGCACAACUAUUUAAACAGACUUGAAAAGCAGUGUAGUGCUUUAAAAGAAGAGCAGUGUAGUGCUUUAAAGACAAAAUGUAGACAACUUACUGCUUUUUCAUCCAUCUGCCCAUGCUAUAGCCUAGGACAGUACAUAAUGCAGAUUACAUUUGCUAAAAGCCAGAUCUAAGAGUAGAGCUGAGAUGGAAAGGAAACAGACUACAAAAGGAUAGAAAAUACUCAACAAUGCAGAAAUGUAACAAAGGGUUUAAAUACAUUCUGAACAGAGAAAAUCAACCACAGUAAGGAUAAGACAGCUUUGCGUUUUGUACAUGGGCCAAGAUUUCAGGUUAGAUUUAGCAGAAGAUGCCAUCAGGUUUCCAUUUAAAUAUUCCUUAGUGUAAAAAAAAGUAUCCAUAGUUCAUUCAAAUAAAACUUAUUCAAGUAAUUACAAGCGUUUGCAUUACUGGAAAGAGAGUAUUACAUAGUAAUUGAUAUACCUGUAUCAUACAGCAACUACCAUCUGGGUAGGUUUUGAGCAGUUUUCAUCAUUUAAAGCACGCUUGAGUAACACAACUGGAAGGGCUAGGUGCCGGGUCUGACAUCUGAGAUGACAGAAUUACACAAGCACGAAGUGAAGGAGGUGGCUUAGCAAAACUAGCAAAAGCCUACUUCACAUCCUGUUUGCUUCUGAGUUAAAAUAAGUGACUAAGAACUGUCUGUUGCUACCAUAUACUGAGUUUGUGUUGAGGUACUUCAUAGCUUAUGAAUAGUUUUGAGUAACAACCCAGAAAGUCAGUUCACUUAUCCAGGCUGAGCUGUAGUAUUGGCUUUGAGAACACGUGAACAUUCACACCUGUCAUAUACUUUGAAACACUGUGGAAAGAGCACACAAGCUGUAACACUGACACUUGCAGGCAGAUAAAAAUGUAUGCUAGUGGUUUAACUGGGAGACUGAUUUUUUUCCCCACAGAGCUGAAAAAACAGAACAAGUAUCUUCCAAUUUGGUAACUAAUGACAAGUACAAUGCACAGAAUCAAUGAUAACUAUUUUAUUGUUGGAAUAUAAAGUUGGGAUAUCAAUAGUUUUAUUCUUAUUUACUGUGAAGACUGCAUUCACCUGUAAAAGAAAUAUGGCAUCACACACAAGUACACUUUUUGGAUUUCAGAACAUGGAUAUUAUUCUGAAAUGGUAAUGGGAACAGUGACUCCUGUUUACUAUUAAAAUAAAUUAUGACUUCUUAAAAAAAGAUGAUUUUCCCACCAUGACAGUUAGGAAUUGCAGUUAAGUCACAUUAAAUCUACAUAACCAUUAUUAACAGCUCUGUGUCUAUUUUACUGCAUCAAGCCAAUAAACAUUUAAAUGCACUUCA